AAACCUUCGACACCUAGGUAAAAUAGUUACGCCACGACUCUUCAUCUUUCACUCCCAUUGUAUUUUCAAAUGGCGGGUGGUUUGUCGAAUAUUUAGUACUGCAACAGAUUUAGAGAAUGGAGGAAUCUAGUACGAAGAAGGUCGCUUGUUCAAACAAAGAUAUAAUCAGUGAUUUGCCUCAGAACGUAAUAGAAAUCAUUCUGUGUUUUCUGCCUAUACUAGAUGCAGUGAGAACCAGUGUCUUGUCGAAGAAAUGGAGGCAUUGCUGGACUACGAUUCCGGAUAUAGUCUUUGAUUGUGAUUUCUCGCAUUACAUGUUGUGGGAUAAAUUGGACCAAUAUAAAGAUAAACAACUGAUGGCGUAUAAAUAUGUCAGGAUCAUAAAUAAACUUCUCCUACUCCACAGUGGUCCGAUUCUCAGUUUUUCCCUUAACUUUCUUCCGAUGUGUGAUGCUGGAGUUAUUCAUGAUUAUGUUGAUCAGUGGAUACCGUUACUGUUAAGAAAGGGCAUGAAGCGACUUACCCUAGAGGACCAUGUGCAGGACUAUUUUACGGCAUUACAUCAUUUUUCUUCUGUAGAGCUGAGCCAUUUGAGGCUUGCAAAUGCUUGUUUACCAUAUACGCCUGCUUUUAAAGGAUUUACUUAUCUGAGGAAGCUUGAGCUGAUUGAUGUUUAUGAUCUGGAUGACUGGAUCUUAGAUUGCCCUGUGCUUGAGAUGUUGACCUUGGUAAUCUGCGAAGGAAUCUUGCAUAAGAACUUUAAUGCUCCUAAGCUCAAAUACUUCCAUCAACUGCAUAGGGAUUUAGAUUUAGGAUAUUCUUUAGAUGGUUUAGAAAACGUUGCUGAAUGUGCUUUGAGUUUGAGGUUGGCAGAAGACCUAAUAACAGAGACAAACACAUCUAAUGUCGUCAAGGCUUUCAGUACUUUACAUAAAAUUGAGACGUUCUCUGCAGGGUUGUGUUUUAUUAAGUAUUUGGCUGCAGGUGGUUCUCCAAAUAGACUUUCUAAACCACUGCCUUACCUAAAGACUCUAGAUAUCUCUGAUAUAGAUUUCACUCUUUCGUCUGAGGUUUCUUGUUUGCUUUGUUUGAUUCGGAGUGCUCCUAACUUGUGCAAACUACAUAUCUCGGCUACGCAUGAUGCUGUUAAAGAGAAUCUCAUAGAAUAUUGGGUAGAAGAUCCUGAAGAUUGUACUCUAGAACAUCUUGAAGUUGUCACAUUCAGUUAUUUCAACGGUGUCCAGGCAGAGUUGGAGCUAGUCAAGUUUCUACUUGCCCAUUCUCCAUUGCUCAAAACAAUGUUCAUCCAUUGUAGUGCAGACAUAAAAAGGGAUGUAGAAACAACCAAGGCCAAAGAAAUGUGGAAUUAUUCUACAGCUUCAUCAAAAGCGCAAAUCAAAUACUUGAACGACCCUGUUCAUAUUGAUUAUUUUGGAGACUGGGUUCAGGAAUUCGAUUUAGGGGAUUAACCUUUCUGCAGUCACAGCUUCUGGCACAUGCUUCUUCGCAUCAAUGUAGGGGUAGGAAAGGACAUCAAACAACUCUAUGUUAGCACUCUUUCUUAAAAUGCAUCUUAAACGAUUUAGCUAUCAUUUCUACAUUUUAUGUGGUAAGAUGACUAAGGUCAAGCUCCUGUGGUUUUGUGUCCCUCCUUUUUUAUUCCAAACUAUAGCAGGGUCCUUAAUAUUUUAUCAAUGCACACUUUAAUCUUUUACAUUUGUAUAUAUCGUGCCUUUCCUGAA